UAAUUAAAUAAUUAAUUAAAGAUUUCAAAAGAAUCUUAAACACCUUGGUAAAUCGAAAACAAACAAUAAUCAAAAAACAAAUUUCUUAAAAGAAAUAUCCAAGAGAGUAAAAUGCUUGAAGAAAACAACAAAGGAGAUUUUAUCUAACAAGAAUAAGACUAAUUUUUGGAAAAGAAACGAUUCCCUCUAAACUUGCUUAACUCAUUUUUGGUCUGUGGGAUUUGUGAUGGAUACUUCCGCUUUGCACACACAAUUACAGAAUGUGGACACACUUUUUGCAAAAUAUGCAUUCAUGACUACAUCUCCAAAAACCAGAACACUAAAAACAAAAGAAAGUGUCCAUCUUGCAAAGGUGAACUUGAAAUCCAUCUCAGUAAAUCCAUCAGAAAAGACCCCUACAAACAGCAAAUGGUAGAUUUCUUGUACCCCCAAUUUGCUAAAUAAGAGCAGUUGAUCGUUAAAAGAGUAAAAGAGCUAUUUCCCCUUAUUGAUUUAGAAUUCUUACUUGACGAAUUUAACUACGAAAAUCUCAAUCAACAACAAUACCAAAGGAAGAAAAAGCACUCUGACUCUCCUAAAUUAAACCUUAAAAUGGUUGUCGAUAAAUAUCUUAACAUUCCCUUUGAUAAGUUCGUCUAAGACCUUUAUGAAGAGAGCAGCUUUUUAAAAAUGAAGCAAAUUCUUCUUGAAAAAUACCCUGAUUACUACAAAAAACAAGCUGAUACAUCCAACAAAUCAGAUUAGGAAGAAAAUAGCAGUAGUUCCUACGAAGAAGAUAGCGAAGAGAAACAAAAAGAUCCUCUGUAACUGAAUGGUAAGAGAAAGCCUAGUGUUUAAUAUGAACAAUAAGUCCAAAAAAAAUAAUAAACAAACUAAUCUCCUGCAUAGCGUUAAAUUUAAGCACCAGCUUAAAAUUAAACAUAAUCAAAUUAAGGUAGAGCUCCUUCUCCUCCUUAAAAUCAAAUUCAAAUUCCUCCUACUUAAGUAAAAUUAAAGAAGUUCCCCUUCAAAACAAGUGCUCCAACUGAAAGAGCCUUAGAAGUAUUCACAUCAAAAACAGACAGACACAGAUAUAUAUCAGAAAAAACAUUAAAGAGUAUCUAAGAGCACGAUGAUACCUUGUUCAAAUUUUAUGUCAAUCCACUUACGAAUUUAGAACAUGAAUAUGUUGGAUUGUAAAAUAUUUUACGUUUACAGAAGAAGAGUAAUGUCCAAGAACUCAGCCUUAAGUAAGUAAAGAGCUUUUUCGUUAAGACCAUUAAGGCCCACACUUAAUAAAAGAAUAUUGAUAUCCCUACAAUUUCAUCCAAUAAUGUUAAUUUGUACUUUUGCGAACAACUUUUAUGCGAUAUAAGCACUCCUCUUAAAGAAAUCUAUGAAUAAGUUAACGAUAGUCAACCUUUUAUAUUUGAUUACGAAAUUGUUCUUGAUAAUCUAGAGUAGAAUUCUUCAUGA